CGGGGCCGGCGUCUUCCCCUGACUCCAGAGUUGGCUGUGACUCCGCCAGACAUGUUUCGCGUCUUCUGCCUCCUCGUCAUCAUCGCUGCAGCACGCGGCUGCAAGCCCUGCACUUGCGGGGUGGCGCGCGGCGGCAGGGUAGUUGGCGGGGCGGCAAUGACGCCUGGCGAGUUCCCGUGGCUCGCUGCCCUCAAGAGAGACGGCAAAGUGAUUUGCGGAGCCACAGUCGUAGCUCGGGACCAUCUCAUCACGGCCACUCACUGCGUACACGGAAUCGAAGCAUCCAGAAUAUCGGUACUGAUCGGUGAAUACGAUGUGAACGCGUCUAAUUCUGGAGGUUUUGAAGUCUCCCACGUGGUGCAACACCCGGACUUCAACAGAUAUUCGUAUGAUUAUGACAUCGCUGUACUGAGACUCGCCGAACCUAUACCGGAUCAUUUAUACCGACCCGCCUGCUUACCGGAAUCACAAAACGAUUUUUUGCUGGAAGGCGUUAACGCAAUAGUUUCUGGAUGGGGCAGUACUAUUGAAAAAGGAUCUACGUCUAAUAUUCCCAUGAAGGCUCAAGUACAAAUUUGGGCUCAAGAAGAGUGCUCGGCGGCGGGCUACGGGCGGAAGAAGGUAACGCCGCGGAUGCUCUGCGCCUACGCUCCCGACAAAGACGCUUGCACUGGCGACUCCGGAGGUCCUUUACUUGUAGCGCAACCACAUUACACUCUCGUCGGUAUUGUGUCCUGGGGCCGAGGCUGCGCCAGACCAGGCUACCCUGGAGUAUACGCACGAGUAGAUACAUUGAUGCCAUGGCUUAAAGCAGCACUGCGUCAUGCUUGCACAUGCCAACCACCAUCAUAAGGAUAAAAGAUUUCCAAUCCUUUAAGGUUUUCUAGCUUUUUAAUGUAUUGAAGUUCUAAUCUGACCGAUUAUACAUUUGCCCAACUGUAAUUAAAAAAAAACUGUAGACAAUGUAAAGUUGCCAUACUAGGAAAAAGUUUUUAGGCAAAACUUAAAUUGAAUUAUUAUUAUAAAUUUUUUGACUUAUCUACAAAAUUCUUUUAAAGUUUGUGCUGUAAGACUUGUUUUAUUCUAAGUAU